AUGGAGCUGGUGAUCGGGUGCGUGGGCAAGCCCAGCGCCGGCAAGUCGACGUUUUUCAACGCCGUGACAGACGGCAAGGCGAAGGUGGGCAACUUCCCCUUCACGACUAUCGAGCCAAAUGAAGGAAUCACGUACUACAUGACUCCAUGUCCGUGUCUGGACAAGAACAAGACGUCGAUGUGCGCUCCACGCUACGGUAAAUGCGAGCAGGGCACUCGCUACAUCCCUGUGAAGCUUCUGGACAUUGCUGGUUUGAUCCCUGGUGCGUCAGAGGGCGCAGGACUGGGCAACAAGUUCCUAGACGACCUGCGUCAUGCCCAAGUGCUCAUGCAUAUCAUCGAUGUGUCUGGCCACACCAACGAAAAGGGCGAGGAGACUGUAGGAUACGACCCCAUUAACGACGCCGAUUGGUUAGAUACAGAAAUCCACCAAUGGGUGUUCUCUAAUUUAUGGAAACGCUGGACAUCCAUCGCCAGACGACAUAAAGCCACGAAGAGCAGUCUGCAGACCACCUUUGUCGGCCAAUUAUCGGGUUACGGAGCCACGCCUUCGUUAGUUAGUAAAGUAUUGGAUCGUAUGGGCUUGAAGGAGCCGCUAGAUCUGUCGACAUGGGGAGAGGAGGAGGUACACAAUUUGGUGAAGAUCUUCCUGGACAUUCGCUUCCCCACGGUACUAGUGCUCAACAAGGCCGAUCAGGGCGAUGACACGGACCGCAACAUUGAAAAGAUCGUCGAGAAAUACGGCAGUGACCGCUGCUUUGUGGCUAGUGCAGCUGCGGAGUGUAUCCUACGAGCCGCUACCAAGCAGCGCUUCAUUCGCUACGAACCAGGAUCCAUGUUCUACUCGACGUUAGAAGAUGACGACGAGGAGCAGGCCAAGGUUGAUGCUGAGAAAGGGCUGGGUCCUCUAAAGCCGAUUGAGAAAAAGAUCCACAGACGUCUGGAACGAAUCUCCGACAUGGUGUUGUUCCGUUACGGAAGCUCCGGCGUUCGUGCAGCCAUCAAUGCUGCAGUGGAGUUAGCGGACGUGGUCGUCGUGUACCCUGUCAAAUCGUUGAAGAGCUUUGCCACCAACACGACACCAGUAGCCACCAACAAGGGCAUCUUCGCCGACGUUGUGAUCGUUAAACGCGGCACCACAAUCAAGGAGUUGGCGCUCCGAGUCUCGCAGUUCUUGGGCUCCAAUCUCGCGUACGCCGAAGGCGAAGACGGUCGGAGACGCGCUGAAGACGAACCCAUUACCAGCAGUAACCUGAUCAUCAAGUUCACUACAACCAUCGCGUCCGCCACUCACGCGCCAUCAGCAAACUCUGCACCAGACAAAGAAGGCAAGAAAGGCGCCAAGAAAAGUGGCAAAGCAGGAACAGCUCCCAGUGUGGAGGAAUGA